CUGGCCCAUCUCGGUUGCCUACACUGGCUGGCAGCGCCUCUGCACAGUUCCAGGCGGGGAAUGGAGAUGCUGCUUGGGGGCUUGAACCCGGAGCCUUCUGCAUGCCAAACAGGUGCGCUUCCUCACGCCGCCAGCCAAUCGCCUGCCCCGCAAGGAUGCCGAGAGAAACCGGGGGGCGGGAGAGAGAGAGAGAGAGAGACACUGACUUCCUGCUCAGUUCACCUGCUGGGAGGGCGGGGCCAAGAGGCCCAGGUAAACCUGGAGCGCGCGUGCGAGCGAGUGCGCGCUCUCCCUGCGGCCCCACCCUUGAAACUGGCUACCUGCGGCGGAAGGGGCGCCCCACAAGGAAGUUGCUGAGUGGGAGAGGAGGAGGAGGGGAAGCGAGUCGCCCAGCGCCCGGGAGAAAAGCCCCAGCUCCCCCGGGGAGAAGGAGUCGCACUCGAGGCUGCAAGGGAGGAAGACGAAGAACACGACGCCUUCUCUUUUCUAAGAAAGUUGCUCGCUGCUUUCGACUCGCCGACGAGGAUUGCUCCGGCCAUGGCUUCUGGCUAAAGCCCCCGCCCCCUCCCGCCGCGAUUCUUCUUUUCUGUUUCCCUGAUCUAGCCAGGAAUUGCUUUGGACCUCUCCAAAGUGGGGAUUCUCUGGAAACUUUUCCUGCCUUGCUUUCCUCUCGCUCUCUUCUCCCUCCCCCCCCCCCCCAAUCGCACGUUAUCGUAAACUUUCUGUAAAAAGGAGAGAAUAAAGCGGGAGGAAAUCUAAAUAUGAAGGAUUACCGGCUUCCCAGCGAAGGAAAAAUGAACAUUUAUCACCCACCUUCCGGGGCUACAUCGAAGGCGUAUGUUUCAGGCCUAAAGUACAGCAAUAAAUUGGAGGUAAGUGCUUGUUUGGGAAAUUUCGGGAGGAGGCGGGGAGAGAUUGGAGUGGAUCAUCUGCGCUCCCUUUCCAGAUCUUGUGGAUCAUUCCCAGAAAAUUGUCCGGGACAGGAGUCUUUGGUGGCCAAUCUCUUUGCUGCUGUUCUUACCUUUUCCCCAAGCUGUAUCAUGAAAAGUGAGGACGUUUAAGAGUUAAUGACCGAGUCAGGAUCGGGGCCCUUAAACUCGGGUUUAAGGCGCGCGUGUUUCAGUGGGGCUUACUUGCGAGGAGGAGUGCGCGCGUGUGUGUGUUAGGAUGGCGGCGUUUCACUAGAAAGGAAGAAAAGAAAGAUUCCUCCUUUAGGGCUAGGCUUGUAUCAAGUUCGGAAGAUGAACUGCCUUGAGCCUGCAUGGCAGGAGUCAGCUGGAAGGGACCUGCCAUUUCUGUGACUGUCCCUCAGCCUUGAAAAAAUCUCUCUCCAAGAACUGUUAAAGUCUCAGCCUAUGCAUGUUUCGGAGUAAGGCAAUUGCGUUCAUACCAAGCUGGCUUUUGGUGGCCAGGGAAAGGGCAGAACAACUUUUAUGAUGAAGAAAGAAAGCCAUUCUAUGGCCUUGCAAAAGAUGCUGAGGUGCCACACUUUGAGCUCAUCCUGGUACCUGACAUCUUGUUUUGAAAUAAGUAGUUUGGCAGUGGACCAUCUUGGGUUCCCCCAUGCUGGGUGGCCAAAUUUCCCCAAAUGCAAAGAGGUGUUUUGUUUUUGUGCUGGAGAUUUUGAAAGGCUUGAUGUCAGCUGCUGUGUCCUCAGCCUUGGAUUCCAUUUUAAGCAGAUUGUCCUCCUCUCUUGGUCAGUUUUUCAGGGUGGUUUUAAAAUGUAGGUGCUGUAGAUUAAAAGUCGAGGUCUCUGCUGUGGAUUUCUUUCCUGUUAUGCUCUUUUGUGUAGCGCCGAAAAGGGUUAAUUUACCGUCUCUUGUUAAGGUCAGAGGCCUGGCUGUUCUUAUCCAAGUAGACUUUCCAGUUGAGCCAGUGAACUGAGGACACCUGGCUGGGUAGCUGCUGCCUCCCCGUGGGUGAGGUCUGCGGAGGCCUCUCUAUUAUGUGGGAAGCGUGUGGGCUUUCCUUAAUUAAAGCCAAUCCCAUUUUUAAAUGUGUAAUUUUUUAAAAUUAAAACUUGAACUUGGCUCCAUUCAACCUUGCUCUUAAAAUGUGCUGCGAUGAUCUGGAGGAGUUGAAAUCUCCUCUUUCCGUUUGAUCACUUUUAAAGAUUAUUGUGGAUGAUAAAUGUGGAAGCUCAUAUCUCUCCUCCUCGCUUAGAACUGCAAGACAAGCAUACAGGGCCAGUUCCAGGUGGGUUUUUUCUUUGGGGGGUGGGGCUCAGUAAAAGCGCCCACUUCUGGAUGCCAUCUUAUGUAAGGGCCCCCGCCUUUCAGGCUUUCCUGGGGACAACGGCUGGGUUGAUAAACCACCAUUUAAAAUUUCCCACAGUGCCAUGGAGAGAAGCUACUUUGGGGGAAAUCCACAUACAUAUUAUUAUUUAGCUGGAAUUCCUGCAUUGCAAGGAGUCGGAAUACAUGACCUUUGGAAAUCCCUUACAACCUUGCAAUUCUAUCAUCAUCAUCAUUGUUCUAGAUUAUAUUCUUCUUUCUCUUCAUUGCACAGUCCCAGGCCCGGUUUCAACUAUUUAAACAUACAGUCUUAAAUGUGAUUAAAACAAAUGGCAGUCAAUAUACAUGGGUAGGUCUUUAUAUAUACACCGUGUCAAGGCCAGAAGAAAGGGUUGUAUCUUUAGGGAGGAGAUUGCAAAGCCCAGGGCCAGCUAUAAAUAAUGCCUCUCCCCCCCCCCCCAAUUUCUGAUGCCUGAGAAAAUACCAAGCAGAAACUACCAUCUACUGGUCUUAACACCUGUGAGGGGCUGCUGGGGGGAACUCAAAAUGGCAGCUGCCCAACCUAAUGGUGGGAGGUGGCGGCAGCAGCAGGGAAGAUACCUUUCAAAAAUGGGGAGCUGCCAUCUUGGCAUCACCACAAUCAAUAUCCCAUUACACUGGAUUUUUCCCCCCUGGGACAGUGGGAGGGAACAGAUAAUCUUUGCAGAAGCCUCACUGGAUGCCUCUGGUUUCCUUUCUCCUCUCCCUUCCUCAAAACUCCUAUUGCUGUUGGCAAACCUCCCCUCCAAUACAUAAAAGCAUCCCAGCGGACUGCAGCAGCUGAGGGUACAUCCUCUCUGCUUCUUCUUAAAAGCAAGCAACACACCUCUCCAAAUAAAGUCGAUCCCUGUGGCCUGAAUGAAUUGUGUACCUGAAGCAAACUUGUGUCGAUGGCUUGCUAUUUUGGCAUAACCUACAAUCAAAUGCUAUGCAUAUUUAUGCAGUAGUAAACAACUACAGUAUUCUAGGGGGCUUGCUCCCAGAUAAGUGUGCAGCCUUACUGCACAAUCCUGUGUUUUACUCAGACGUAAGCCCUGCUGAGGGACGCGGGUGGCGCUGUGGGUUAAACCACAGAGCCUAGGACUUGCCAAUCUGAAGGUCGGCGGUUCAAAUCCCCACGACGGGGUGAGCUCCCGUUGCUCAGUCCCUGAUGCUGCCAACCUAGCAGUUCGAAAGCAUGUCAAAGUGCAAGUAGAUAAAUAGGUACCGCUCCGGCGGGAAGGUAAACGGCUUUUCCGUGCGUUGCUCUGGUUUGCCAGAAGCGGCUUAGUCAUGCUGGCCACAUGACCCGGAAGCUGUACGCCUGCUCCCUCGGCCAAUAAAGCGAGAUGAGCGCCGCAACCCCAGAGUCGGCCACGACUGGACCUAAUGGUCAGGGGUCCUUUAUAAACCCUGCUGAGCUCAAUGAAGCUUACUGCCAGGCAAGCAGGUUUAGGAUUGCAUAUGAAAUGUAUGAUGUGGCUUUAUACCGAGUCAGACCAGUGGUUAAUCUAGCUCAGUAGUGUCUGCACUGACUGGCAGUGGCCCACCAGGGUUUCAGGCAAGGGAUUCUUUUCCCAGCCUUAACUGUAGAUGCUGGGGAUUGAACCCAGGGGCUUCUGCAUGCAGGACAGAUGCUGUACCACUGAGCUACACUUCCCUUCCCCCUUAGCUGUAGCCCUUCCUCUAAUAGGAGUACAUGCUUAUUUCCCGUGCUACUUCCCCCCAUACUUUAGGAAGAGGCUAGAAGCUGUUCCUUUGCUUUGAUCUUAUUUCCUGUCGCAUUCCUGACUCCGCUUUCAUUAUAAACUUGGAAUUAGGUUCAGUUCUUUUUUAAAAAAGAUGUGACAUUAACUGCAGCUCAAAAUGUUGUUCUGCAUUCCAGCAUAAAACCAGGAAGGGUCUCCUCUCUACAGCACAAUUUAUAUUAUAACAUGUUGAACAAAUUCAGCAUGAGAUUUUGCUGAAGCCUGAAAAAGCCACCUGAUGAAUUUCCUGGUGCUGUGGCCAGUCGAUUUUUAAAAAGGAAAACUUGCUAAAAAUAUCCUUCAGGCUUCAGUAUAUUGAGAGAGAUCUCUCUGCCUCUCUUUAACCCCCUCUCCAGUUUGUGCUCUGUGAUGGUGAGUCACUGAAGAAGCGGUGAUGUAGAUCCUUCAGCUUUAUGACGGGAUGUUGACACUUUCUUUUUUACAAACUGGGUUCAUACAAAAUUCCCCUUCUCUUACGGAAGCCGGCAGGGAAUUUUAGUUUUCAACAGUAUCUAAGAUCUCAGUUUUACUUUACCUAGUGAUGCUCAAGGGAUUUGAUCUUUUCAAAUCCCUGUGCAGAAAUUACCUGAUUCGCUCACCUCUGAAUGGGGUGAGGAUUGGGAUUUGGCUAUCUAUCCUAAAGUAUCAAUCCUAAUACUAUCCAUCCUAAAGUAUUUUGAGGGGCAUUUUAGAUUGGUAGAUCAUAGUGGAAACAGAACAGAAUGAUGGGGUUAAAAACAGGCCAAGGUUGCAUAUGCAUCAUACAUUUAAAAUAUGCCCACUCCAAGAAUCCUGGGAACUGUGAUUUGCCCCUCAGAGCUACAGUUCCCAGCACUUUUAACAAGCUACAGUUCCCAGAAGUCUUUGGGAGGAAGAAAUGUGUCCUGAAACAGAAAAGGACAGAUUUCACCUCUUCCCAAGUUUACUAUGCUUAUUUGAAUGUUUUGUUUUAAAAGAUUUUAUUUCUUUUUUUUUUUUACUCUGCCUUUACAUUUCAAAAUUGCUUAGUUAUUGCAAAUGAGCAAUAACCAAGGAGAAGUCUUUUAAAAUAGCCACACGGUGCUUUGCCACUUGCCUGAGUGAGCAACUGCCACCCCACCCCCAAAAAACCACCAAUUGGCAUAUAACUUGAAGCACUUUCCUUCUGUGUUUUUUACAUUGCCCUGUGUUGUUAAUUAUUCACCAUUAUAUCCUUUUCUUCUUCCAAGACACACAAGCUAUAUACAUAGGAGCCAGUGUGGUGUAGUGGUUAGAGAGCUGGACUAGGACCUCUGAUCCUGGGGUUCGAAUCCUCACUCAACCACAAAGCUCUCUGGGUGAACUUGGGUCACCCACCCACUCUUAGCCUGACCUAUCUCACCUGAAGUGAGGAUAAAAUUGAGAGGAAGAGAUGUAUAUAUGCCACCUUGAGCUCCUUGGAGGAAAGGUGAGAUAUAAAUGCAAUAAUUAAAUAAAUACAGAUUGCCCUCCUCGUCUUCUCAACAAUCCUGGGAGGUAGCCUAGGCUGAGAUGAGGGGAUGGUCCAAGGCUACCCAGUGAACAUCAUGUCCAGGCCAGAGAUUCUGGUUCUCAUCUUAGACAGGGCUGUGACCCAGCUGCACAAACUCUGCCUUUUUCAAAGCUGAAAGAACCGGCAGGCCAGCUGGCCAAAUUGGCGCCGUGGCUGUGGUUGUUACUUAAAUGCAAAAUACCUUUACAAUGCUACUGAGCAACUGUCUUCUCAGAAAUUCGUACAGCCACCCUGUAAGGAAGGCCAGUAUUAUUACUGGGCUUGUGUUGCAAAUGCAGAGCUGUGUCUGCAAACUAGCAGCAUGUUGGUGAUCACCUAAUCAAUGGAGACCUUAGGCAGCAGUCUAACCAGGGACUUUGUGGCCAGUGGAAGCACAUUAUUUACAGCUGUAGGCCUGUGCCCCGCUACCUGGAAGUAAACCUCAUUGGACUAAGUGGGAUUUCCGAAGAGAAGAAGAAGAUGAUGAUCUUCUUCUUCUUCUUCUUCUUCUUCAACAACAACAACAGCAGCAGCAACAACAACUUGUUAUUUAUACCCCACCCAUCUGGCUGGGUUUAAGAUCACUCUGCGUGCAGCACACAGCCCUCCAGAUCUCCCCGCACACUCUUACAGCGCAUUCUGCAGAGUCCUUUGACCUCCUACACACUGUCCAAAAACCCAGCGCUUCCCUGGAAGGGAAGAGCUUUCAGAUGCAUAGAUGGAGAGCCUUGAUGGUGUUAUUUUUGUUCCUCCCUGACCUGCCUCAUCUUGUCUGCCAUGGGGAAGGGAGGCUGGCCUUUGCUUAGUUCCGCAUUGUAACUUGCACACCCAGAAUGUAAACAGACUCUGCUGCAAAGUAGGGGGGCGGGGAGGACUGCUUGUUUGCAGAAGAUGGAUAUGGAUUGCCAUCAGAUUUGUUUGGGGCUCUUUAACCCUUUAUUUACAAAUAUACAGUAUAUACAUAAUCUCUUUGGGUUUGGGUUAAGUAAUAAUAAUAAUAUGCAUUAACUACUGGUUAGGAUCAAAAUCUCCUGUUGGUGCCUGGACAUCUUUUAAUGUGUUGUUGCGUUAAAGUGUACACCAUCAAAUAUAAUGUGUGAAUGUGACAAAUGGGUGUUUAAAAAGCCAUGAGUUGAUUUGCAUGCUUGACAGAGAGCCAGGACUGGCCCCUGACUUCCUGUUGAGUGUACUUGCAGUGGUAAACCUGGGUUAGUUGCUAUGUAAAGUGAAAUGGCCCUGAUCCACUGACCAUUAAUCUUUGGGUGCUUCCUGUUUCAAAAUCGGACCAUAGCCCUUCGUAACCUGCCACUAGCAGCCAUCGCUUGUGACAUAGUCAGAAGAUUUAAGGAGCAUUUGAUGGAACAAGGAAUCUGUCCCCCCCCCCCCCCGCCGACUUGCUUUGGGUGCAGUGGUUGGAAAGCUGCUAUAAAACUAAUUCUGUGUUUGGUUUAGUCUUGUUUCUUUAAAGAAAAUAGAGGAUUUUUUUUUUAGGAUAAAAAAAUGAAAAUGAAUAAUAAUAGUAAUAAUAAUUUUAUAAUUUAUACUCUGCUCAUCUUGCUGGGUUUCCCCAUGAAGUGUUGAGAGUGGGCAAACCCACACGCUAUGUGCAGCAAAGAAUUGGAGGAAGGACUUUCAUAGGCACCUGUCUCUAAGGUCUGAUCGCCCUUAUCUAGAACGAAUGUGCAUGCUCUACUUCCCAUGAGAUAACAGCUCCAUCAGGCUGCAGAGAAGAGGGAGAGGAGGGGAGCAGGGCCACUCCAUUGGUCCUAUAGACAUAUUAGCUCCUUUAUGGCUUCUCCUCUGCUUGAACUACUCCCACCCCAGCUGGUUGUUUGUAGGCAGUGCUUUUUUCCUGGGGGGACGCAGGGGUACACAUACCCCCUACCAGGCAUGGCCAAACUUGACCCUCCAGCUGUUUUGGGACUACACUUCCCAUCAUCCCUGACCACUGGUCCUGUUAGCUAGGGAUGAUGGGAGUUGUAGUCCCAAAACAGCUGGAGGGCCAAGUUUGGCCAUGCCUGCGCCUAAACAUUUUGUGAAUCUAAGUUCGGCCUCAUUGAGGGCAGUAUUUCAAUAUGAGUAGGAAAAUGAGAGUACCUCUAAACUUUUUUUUAAGAAAAAAAGCACUGUUUGUAGGAAUUCUGACUCGGAACCUGCCUGUUUGCUUCUCCUCUCUGUCUUUAUAUUUGUUAUCCAAUCUGGGAACCCUUUUGGCUGAACAGUACAAAUGCGUUCAUUUUUUAAAACCCAAAACAAUUUCAACAAUCCUUGGAAUAAACCAGGCAGAUCAAUGUUUUAUGGCUACAGGGGGAGGGCUCUGAGACUAACACAGCUUCCCUGACAAUUCAGUUCUAUACAUGUUUACUUAGAAAGUAAGCCCUGCUACGCUCAGUGGGGCUUACUCCCAGGUAAGUGUACAUAGGGAGCUGCAGGCUGCAGGCCUGAUGAGCUCCUGUUGGAGGUGAGGACUUCCUGGUCCAGAGUACAACAAGCCUUUUGCUGCUGGCACAGUCCCUGAAGUAGGAUUAUUUUGGUUAAUCUUUACAACAAACCAGGUUUAUGAUCGAUCAAGAUUGCACUCUUUGUAUUGCAGGCUGGGUGGUGCAGACUCUGACAGUAAUCAAUUUAUUUAUUCAAUUUCCAGAACUUCACUUCUUUACUGCCCAAUAAUAACCGAAUCUCUGUUGACAGAAUCUUUUGCCCAAUGUGGAGCUUGAACUCACAACCCUGAGAUUAAGAGCCUCGUUAUCUGCUGACUAAGAUGUCCAUUUUAGCAUGGAAUAAAAACAGAGCAAUGCAAAACCAGAAUAAAAACAACAUGGCAGGUCAUAAACCUGCAGAGAGAUUUGAACUGGACAGCUGGCAUUUUUUACUCUCUUUCUGUCCCCCUGUCCUCCCCCCCCCCCGCCAAAAAACUCCAACUUCCUGGCACGAUAAUCCAAUGCUGCCAUGGGGAUUUCUAUGAAAAGGUGAUGGACAAACUUUCGUUUCUCUGAACUUGCUCUGUUCCUUCUCCCUCCCAACUCCUUUUCCUUUUGUGUCGUGCCUUUUUAGAUUGUCUUCCCAAGGGCAGGGACUCCUUUAUGAUUGUCAUAAUACUCGAAAUAAACUUGCUGACUGCAUAUAGAAACAGUGAUGUCAGCAUUCCUCAUGGUGUGUGUAUCGAUUGCGACACCCCCUGCCCCUUGGUUCGUGAUGCCUGCAAAGAGGUUGGCACAGUCACACACUGGAUAGAUCGGAAACUGACUUCUGCUUGUGCCGGUUCCCUUUUCCCCUUUAGGAAAGAGUUGAGCAAACUUUACUCCUCAGUUUGCUUGAGAAGGACUAGUCCAGCCCGAACAUGUUAUGCAGAUGAUCUGUCCUCUUCACCCCUCUCUGACUGUAGUUAGAAUCUCCUAAAUUCUUUGGUUCCUUCCUCCUCUGGCCUCUUCCCCCCAGCAAAAAUAAAAAGCAAAUAGAAAGUUUUUCUCCCUUUCUACUCAUGGUCAUCCAGUGAAGCUGAAUGGUGAGAUAUUCAGAACAGGCAAGAGAAAAUACUUACUUAUUCAGCACAUAGUCAAAUUAUCGAAUUAGCUACUGCACAAUGUGGUGAUGGUCACCAACUCAGACAGCUUUGGAAAGGGCUUAAGACGAAUUCAUGGGGGAUAAGGUGACCAGUGGCUGCUAGUCAUGCUGGUUGUACAUACAGGUGAAACUCAAAAAAUUAGAAUAUUGUGGAAAAGUUCAUUUAUUUCAGUAAUUCAACUUAAAAGGUGAAACUAAUAUAAGAGAUAGACUCAUGACAUGCAAAGCAAGAUAUGUCAAGCCUUUAUUUGUUAUAAUUGUGAUGUUUAUGGCAUACAGCUGAUGAAAACCCCAAAUUAACAAUCUCAGAAAAUUAGAAUAUUAAAUGAAAUCAGCAAAACGAGGACUGCAAAUAGAGCAAUAUUGGACCUCUGAGAAGUAGAAGCAUGCACAUGUACUCAGUAGUUGGUUUGGGCCCCUUUUGCAUCAAUUACUGCCUCAGUGCGGUGUGGCAUGGAUGCUAUCAGCCUGUGGCACUGCUGAGGUGUUAUGGAAGACCAGGAAGCUUCAAUAGCAGCCUUCAGCUCUUCUGCAUUGCUUGGUCUCAUGUCUCUCAUCCUUCUCUUGGCAAUGCCCCAUACAUUCUCAUUUUUGAGUUUCACCUGUAGUAUCCAGAAUUGGAGGCAGGAUGCUUCCGAAUACCAGUUGCUGAGGGAGAGAGGGCUGUUGCUCUCAGAGUCCUGCUUAUUGGAUUUGAUAUCCCGCUUUAUCACUACCCUAAGGAGUCUCAAAGCGGCUAACAUUCUCCUUUCCCUUCCUUCCCCACAACAAAGACUCUGUGAGGUGAGUGGGGCUGAGAGACUUCAGAGAAGUGUGACUAGCCCAAGGUCACCCAGCAGCUGCAUGUGGAGGAGUGGAGACGCGAACCUGGUUCCCCAGAUUACGAGUCUACCGCUCUUAACCACUACACCACAUUGGCUCCCCAUCAGCACCUAGUUGAGCAGGAGGAUGCGAGAGGGGAUAAUACUAGCCACAGUGACAAAGCAGGAUGUAGGGCAGGGUCUUCCAUCCCUUAUGCAUCAUUCAAACGAUCUGGAAAGUCAGAAUUAAAGAGCCUUUGUUCUAUCCCAGGACCUAGAGAAAUGAGAGCAGGGAUAGCCAAAAUGGUUCCCUCCAGGUGUGGUUGGCCUGCAUCUCCCAUCGUCCCUGGCCAUUGGCUAUGCUGGCUGGGGCUGAUGGGAGUUGUAGUUCAUCAGCAUGCACCAUGUAGAUUAUUUUGACUCUCACCCCUCUAGGUACUGAGUUGCCAUUAUGGCUAGCCCUUUGUGGGUGGCUACCCAAGGGGCGUAGCAUGGCGGGGUACCAGGAGAGUUGUGGCCUCCGGCUCUGACAACAGGUGUUACACCACUGAGCUACUCUCAUGCCUUUUUCUAAGCUAGAGGAUCCGAAACUGUUGUCUGUGGACCACAAGUGGCCUGUAGUUUCAUUCACUUAGCCCAUGACAUAAAAUCCUAGAAUUGUUGGGUCAUCUAGCCCAACCCCCUGCAACACAGGAAUCUUAUUUGCCCAACGUGGGGCUCAAACUCACAACCCUGAGAUUAAGAGUCUCAUGCUCUGCCGAGCGAGGUGUCUGUGCAUUUGUGGCUGAGUACGGGAGACAGCUCGCCCGUCUUAUUCAAUGUUCCUAAUGAUUUUUAGCGGUCUUCUCAUUGCAUCUUUUAUUUCUUACGCUGCAUUUCAUUGUAUUACAGUUUGAAUUCUUCGGAAUGCAAAUUGUCAUGCAGCAUAAGGAACAAAAGACGUGGCUACACAAUUUAAAAUCUUGCUGCACCUAGCGCGGCACAUUGCAAUCACUACAGCUGGCAGGAAACCCGUUCAGUGGUCUGUCAAGACCUCCAGUCGUUUUCAAGUGGUCCAUGGGGUGGGGGAAAAAGGUUUGGGAGACCCUGUUCUAAUUCAAGCAGUAUCAGCUGGGUGACUCUCUAGGCCAGAGACCUUCAGUUGGCCUUGGGUGUCACUGAAUCAGAUCCUGGGAGCAGCUUGGAAGAAGGAAAGGGCAGUUUCUCCCUUCUGGCUAAGCCUCUAAACUUGUCUGGAAUGGCUCUCGCUGACCAACUACUUCACAUAUGGCCUAACUUGGACAUAUUUCCUCUGUGUUUCAUUUGAGGUCUGAGUCAUCAAAGGGAUAAGUAACAAACAGGGUUGAAUGAAACCAGACUUACGCAACAGCGGCGUGAGAGGACUCUCUCUCUUGGAGAAGGAAGUGAGCCCUGAGUAAAUGAUUAGAGGCAGUGAAAGAGGAGAAGAGGCAGCUGCCUUAUGCCAAGUUAUACCCCAUCUAGCUUAGUGUUGUCUGCUCUGAUUGGCAGCACCCAGCCAGGAUUUCAGGCAGGCUUUUUAUUCCAGCACCUCCUGCAGUUGUCAGGGAUUGAACCUGGGACUUUGCUUCAUGCAAAGCCCUUCCUUGAUACUUUGAUUUAGGCAGGGGAUAUAGUCUCCCAGUGGACUCAGAGCAGAGGCCAGGGCCUGUUUCCCUUCUGCUUUCCUGCCGACAGGAAGAUGCCUUACACCGAGUGAGUCCAUUGAUGCACCUAGCCAAGUACAGUAUUGUCUUUCCCCACAUAUAAAUUGUGAUGGUUCCCAGGCGGAUUAUAUUCUCUCUAAGCCAAAACCACCCGUACUGCUUUCAAUAAAUACUUAAAAAUAAUAAUCCGCCGUGCUUCCAGGAUUUUUUGUACAAUGUAGUGAAGGCUGAAACAAACGAUGUUGGUAAAUUCAAAAAUCAACCAUUUGGCAGAAUAAAUUCAAUAUUGCAAGAUAAGUAAAUAAAUUUAGGCUCAAGUAUAUAAACAACAAAGCAAACCGAGAGUUCUGGUUUGCUCUCCUGCAACUUCCCCCAACCUGGUUCCUUCCAGCUGUUGUGGACCCCAUUUCCCAUCAGCUUCAGGCAGCACAGCUGGGCUGAUGGGCGAUGCAGUACAAAACAUCUGGAGGACACCAGGUGUGUGUGGAGGGGGAAGGCUGCUCUCCCCUUUCAGUGGGUCCCAAGAGCGGUUCUGUGCUCGGAAUGGCUUUGCCACAGAGGACAGUUACGCAGCUGUGGUUUGGAUGCCCAGUUCCUCCUUGAUUCCUGCAUGCUUCCUCCUCUGGUAUGGCCCUCCGUAUGCUUUUGAACCGCAACCCACACCACCCCCAGCAACUGAUCAUGCUGCCUUGGGCUGCUGGGGGAGACCAACCGCAUUGUAAUUAUUUAUAGCCUGUCUUUUUCAGGGACUUGAGGCGGCUUACGGAUCAAAUAGAAACAGUUAAAAACAGGAAAACAACAACAAUACCUUUAUAGAACUAGAACGAUAUCUGAGUAUAAAUGAUUGAUUAAAAGCGUACAGAUGAUUACAAUAAAAACAGCACGGUGAAGCAUCUGGUGGGCUGCAGAUUGACCUGUAAAUCAUCCAUUUCCUGUAGGCCAUGGCUGCAGAACUCUGGCGGCUUGCCUUGUAUUCAAGUCUGUCGGUCACAAGAGCAGACAGAGCAGCCGAAAAUAAAGUCAUUGUGCAAGGCCCGGCUGCUGUUCUUGCUCAUCCGGCGCCAAAUAUCUUGGCUUUACAUGAGCAGCAGAGGUCUCAGUUCACUAAGGCACUACGUUCUGAAAGAACAGGCGGUGGUGGGGAGAGACCAGAGUGGCGAGAGGCGGAUGUGAGCCACGUUUCUAGUCCUUCGGCUCAGUCACACAGCUCCGAGUGAGGAUUAAGGCGUUCGAAUCCGAGUCCUCGGAGGAAAAAGGUGGGAUUUGAGAAUGGAUUUAAAAGAAGAGAGAGAAAUGGGAACCUGCCAUGAGAGCUAUGCUGUGCCUCCAUGGCCAGAAGCAGUAAAUAACUCUGAAUGCUGGAACCACAGGCGGAGGAGGGGAGAAGGCUCUUGGGUUCGAAUUCUGCUUGUGGGUUUCCCCUGGAGGCAUCUGGUUUGGCCUCUGAGAGAGCAGGGAUGCUGGACUAGAUGGGCCACAGACUUGUUCCAGCAGGCUGUUUGGCUGUUCUUAGAAAGGAGAAUGUAGGUUUUGUCUUUUGCUUCUAAGAAAGUGCACCGGGCUAAAGGGGGGGGGGGGAGAGACACUCUGAUCUUUUCCAGUCAGCUGAAAGUUGCUGACUUAACAGGCGGAAGUCUGUCACCUUGGAGCUGUGGACGCCAAAAGCGCAAACCACGAGUGAGGCGUGGCCUGGCUGAGCCGGCCUGGCUUGGUUCUGCUCCGCAGGUGCUGCCUGAGCAGGGAUGGGCAGCCCAGAAAGGAACACGGAAGUCCCCGAAACUCUUGCAGAAAGUGUGUGAGCAACACGUUUUGUUCCGCUGCACUUUCUGGGGAUGAGUGUGUGUAUUUGUGCCUUCUGGGGGCAGAUCCUUUGUUCACAGUUUCAGGGUUGUUGAGGUGAGAGGGAAGUGGCUUCCCUCCUCCCCUCAUUUGACGGCUGUUUUCCUGUAGAGUUGCUGCUUUUUAAGCUGGUACAGUGGUACCUCGGGUUAAGAACUUAAUUCGUUCUGGAGAUCCGUUCUUAACCUGAAACUGUUCUUAACCUGAAGCACCACUUUAGCUAAUGGGGCCUCCUGCUGCCGCUGCGCUGCCGGAGCACGAUUUCUGUUCUCAUCCUGAGGUAAAGUUCUUAACCCGAGGUACUAUUUCUGGGUUAGCGGAGUCUGUAACCUGAAGCGUCUGUAACCCGAGGUACCACUGUAUGGCCUAAAGGGAGGAAUGAAGAAUUGGCAAGCCCCCAGUUUGGUUUUUGCUUAUUUCUCACAAGUUUAAUGUGGCCUUGGAUGGGGUCUCUCUCUGUCCUCCUCCCCUCUGCAACAGGUAUGGGGUGGGGAGGUCUUUGCAGCUUGAGGGCCACAUUCCCUUCUGGGAACCUCUUGGGGGCCACAUGGCAGUGGUAGGCAGGGCCAGGGGCAAAAAUGGAUGGAGCAAUUGGUGUGCAUUUUUUCCUUUUGUGCUGUGGGCUGGCUUCUACUCUCUCGAACACAUUUUUCUCUGGCACAAGCCAGAGGUUCAGGGACACAUUCCAGCCGGUGUGGUUGAACAAUCAAUCCCUCUUUCCAGGGACUUAGGUCUGGGAGAGGAAUAGGGCAUAGCGGUUUCUAGUUUUCUAGUAGUGUUCCCUGAAAAGGGUCCCCUCCCUCGGGCUGAUUGUAAAAAAGGCAGGCAGGUAAAGCUUGGCUUAUAGCAGACUGAGCACUCUAAUGGAGCAACCUCGGUUAUUUCUAAUGCUUAUCAAAAAAUUGGACUGUUUUUCAGCUUCCUAUUCACUAUACAGAGGUGAAAUUACUCCCUCUUUAUCUGCCUUCCCUCUGUUGUAAAGCUAGAACUUCAGCCGUUUUGAGGGCUGGCUUUAGCUUUAGGGCAGACAAAAGGGAGGAAGUCAUUUUUCAAGCAGCACAUGAAUAACCUGCGGAACUCCCUGCCAUUUGAUGUGAUGGACGCUGUCUUACAUCAUUUUCUAUUUCUUGUUUUAAUUAUUUGGGGGGGGGGAAUGAAAGGAAAAUAGAUUUGUCACUGUUUGUAUGAUAGCUAGAUGUAAUUGUUCUUUUACAGUUUUUUACUCUGACAUGUCUCCUAGGAAUUCUGUGGACAACGAUUCAUGAAUCGAAUCAAAUUCAAUUUAAAAAAAAAUUGGAACUCCCAUGGGCAAGGGCUGGUUAUACCUUCUGGUUUUCUCCCUGCCCCACUUCAAGGACUUUUGUUGCUUUCUUGCCUUGUUUGGGAGCCUCAAGAAUCGUGCUAGGAAAAGGAAUUUCGACUAGUCCCUGGCCCUCUCCCGAAGCUCCAGAUGUUUUGUCUGGGUCUGCUAGGAGCUGUGGUUCAAAAUAACUGGAUGGCUCUGGAUUUGGGGAGAGAUCUUUUAGCCUGAUGCCACAAGGCAGUGUAUAGCAGAGUACUCCAAUAUUGUCAUGCUGAUCCACGGAACAGAAUCCACAUUGUGGGAGAGGCCAGUCCUCCCAUUGGGCAUGGUGAGGCAGCUGCCUCCAACACGGCUAAUUUUGGGGCGCUGUGAAAAGAGCUGCAUCGGCUGUUUCAAUUUCUGUUUUUAAAGAGGUGCUUGUGGGCUUUCUUUCCUUAGCUGCGGGAACAGAUUCUCUUGGAUAUUCCUUGCGUGUUGAGAGAUUCAUAAAUUCAAUAAACAGUAGUAAUUGGCUGAGUUCUCCUGUUCCAGCAGUGAAAUAUCUUGGGCCGGCCCUGUCAUUGGGGUUGGGGAUCUGCAGGAGGGAGGAGUACAUGAGCGCCUUGUUGGGAUGGCAGCCUGAUUCCGUGUUUGCUUCGCCCUAGGAUAUGAACGGCCUGGAAGAAGGGUUGGAGUUCCUCCCCACCAUGAACGCCAAGAAGGUGGAGAAGAGGGGUCCCAAGCGCUGCGUAGCGGCGAUAGCCAUCGUCCUGGUCUGUCUCCUCCUCUCCCUGCUUGCUGGGUUCCUGGUUUGGCACUUUAGAUGUAAGUGAGCCUUGGUUUGCAAGGUGUGGGGUUGCCGCAUGGUAUUAUGAUUAUAUUUAUUUAGAUCUCGCCUUUCUGCCCAGACUGGGAUUCAAGGCAGGCUUACACAGAUUAAGGAAGACAGCUAAAAUGCAGACAGCUAAAAGCAUAUAAAAGAUCAUCAUUAAGGAAAAAAAACAAUUCGACGCUGAUAGAAUCAAAACAAUAAAAAAAACUAAUAUACUGAAAUACAGGUCAUAAUAAAAAAACAAACCAGUGCAGCGCUAUUAAAAGCCCUUUCUUUGGAAAACCCGUCAGUUAUGAAAACCUCCUGCCUUUUAAAGAUAUUGGAAGAAGCAGGGGAGAAACCGCAGUUCAAUAAACAAAGUUUUUUGCCACCUUUAAAAUUUUUAUUCUCUGUUACAAGGACACAUCGGAGCAGGCUGGGAAUAUCAUCUGUCCUCAAUAGGCAACCCCACCAAUUAAAACAUUUCCCUUGGUGGAUCAGUUGGCCAAAGCUUUAGUUUAUUGACCUGCUGACUAAGCCAAUUUAAACUUAAAAUCCAGCCAAGUCACUGCAUGAGCGGAAUGACAACUGCUCAUGGUGUGGAACCUCCACCCCCUUGUGUGCCCCCCGACCCCCAAACCUGCUAUGGAGUUUUCCCCAACACUUCAGAGUGGGAUUCAGGUUUAUAUGUCCAUUGUAUAUCUGAUAUACAGUUAGUUUUAAAACAAUUACAGUUGUAAAAGCAAGUAAAACCAUACCAGCCAAAACAGAAGAAUGUAGAUGCAAUCACCAGGCGUGUGUGUGUGUGUGUGUGUGUGUGUUGCACAAAAUUAAGUGACUGUUGGCUGCAUGUGGCAGAAGUUGUAUAACCAAGAUGCUAAACAUGCCACAAUUUAGGGAGAGAAAUGUAACUUGAAGAAACUAUUGAUUUUAUUAUUCAUAAGCACCAGCAAUGUGCAUAAGCUAAUAGUGGUCUUUGCCCCAAGGAGCUUACACUUUAGAUUAGUGUUUCCCAACCUUUUCCAGGGCCUUGCCCCCUGGGUUUCAGAAAUUCAUCCCCAAUGCCCUCCACUCUACCCUAUCAAAAGCACGAUUCAGAAUACAGUAGUACCUUGGAAGUCGAACAGAAUCCGUUCUGGAAGUCCGUUCGACUUCCAAGACGUUCGGAAACCAAGGCACGGCUUCCGAUUGGCUGCAGGAAGUUCCUGUAACCAAUCGGAAGCUGUGUCGGACAUUUGGGUUCCAAAGAACAUCCACAAACUGGAACAGUCACUUCCUGUUUUGCGGCGUUUGGGAGCCAAAACGUUUGACUCCCAAGGCGUUCAGGAUCCAAGAUACGACUGUAGCGGUUUGCGUGACCCACUAAAGAAGAGAAGAACGCAUUGAAAUUAAAAACAGUAGCAAUUAAUUGCACAUUUAUUUGAAAUCAAAUGAAAACAAUUUGGUUUAAUCAAUUCGCCAAAAGGGGUGAACUUGAUCCAGUGGGGUCUUUGGGGAAGAAUGAUAAUAAAAACGUAGAUCCCAGAGUGCAGAUCUCUAUAUAUUGGGAACCAUCCACAAAACCUGCCGGAUAGUAUGUGUUGAGAAUGCCUCCUUGAAAACCAGAUUGCAGAGCUGCAAGAACGGAAGUCAAAGGAGCGUGUUGCUUAUUUUCUAAAGCUUGACGGAAGGUCGCUUGGUUCUGUUAAUGGGCACCCAAGGAAUAUAGGCCUCUCUGGAUUCGGAGCAAUUGGACUGGGGCAGAACUGUCCAAAUAAAAAUAAUAAUAACUGGAGCCCAUUUGUUCCAGGCACCUCUAGAGCUGUAGGUGUAGAGCAGGCUCCAUUAAACACUGUUCUUAUCUUUCACCCGCAAUAUGGCUUCUCUUAGACAGGAAUGCGCCUGUGCAGAAAGUCUACAAUGGCCACCUGAGACUCGUGGGGCGCAACUUCAUCGAUGCUUACGAGAAUUCCAACUCCCCUGAAUUCGCUGACUUGGCCAGGGAGGUGAAGAAAAUGGUAAGCAGCUCCUGAACUCAUAGGGCGAACUUGGCAAAGUGUCACUGAUUGUGUAGCAUAAUAAUAAUAUUUAUUAUUUAUACCCCGCCCAUCUGCAUGGGCGUCUCUGGUGUGUUGGGCUGGAGACACAGAACUGAACUAAAUGACGCCAGCUCCCAUUAUCUCACCCCAGCAUGGCCAGGGGCCGAGGAUGAUGGGAGUUGUAGUUUGACAAUGUUUGGAGGGCCACAGGGUUUGCAUGCUUCUGGGCUCAAGCGAAGUGAACCCCACCCUCCCGCUUUUCAACCUUAAACCUUACUUCUGUAUACAUCCUUUCAAACCCAUAGAUGGUUCUGGUUUGAUGCUUUCUCACUUGAACUGCUUUACUGUGAGACUUACCCAAGAGAAGCUCAAUUGACUUAAAUGCUCUUAUUACUUAAAUGUAAUAAAGCCAUCCCCCAUUUGCUUUUCUAAUCAGUGGAUUCCAUGUUUUGGAAUCCGCUGAGAUGACGACCCUCGGAUUCCUAGAGACAAGCUCAACUUGCAGCCCAAAGCAACUUCCUGGAAGGGCAAUAUAAAAACACCUCGAGAACAGCGCCUCUGCAGCUGUGUAUGUCUGUCAGUUGAGGACACUAUUCAUUAUAUGUUGUACUGUAUAUGAAAUUCCAAGGGCUAGAAAGAAACCCUUCAAGUUGAUUGCCAGCUUUAGUGACAUCGAUAGAAUCAAUUACCUGCUGUCUAGCUCAAACAAACCGGUUAUGUUUAACAGUGAAGUUUGCUCUAAAAGCCUCACAACUCAGGAAAACCCUAGAGUCUUGCGUCCGGAGUUUCCCGCCAUUUUCCUCCUUUUGUGUAUAUCUGUGAAGUGUUUUAUAAUGUUUUAAUCAUAUGUGCUAUGAUAUGUUUUUGAGACCUGUCCGUUUUUGUUUGUUCUGAGCUAUAACCUGUACUUAGUUGACCUAUAGAAUCUGACGACGAUGACAAAAUGGUUAUAGCCAGAAAGUGUGGUUCCCUCCUGACCUCUGAAUUUGCUUGUCAUCUACCUGUUCCUUUAUUUAUACUAAACUGUAACCUCUUUUCUCAUCUUUAGCUUAUAAACAUCUAUAAAAAUAAUCAGGAUGUCAGUCCUUUCCACAAGGAAACUCAGAUCGUCGCGUUCAGGUGGGUAAUGACCAAGUUUAAGAAAAAUCACUCAGAAUUAUUGUUUAAAAUGUCAUUUAAAAUAAUUUCUAGUAAGGCGGGGGGGAAACCUAGCUGUGUGGAAAAAAAACGGUGUCUGCAAACGACGAGAUGUGCAAACUCAUACUUGCUCUUCAGAACAUGGGUUUGCCACAGUAAUGGGGCAAAAAUCCCUUAAAUGAUACUCCUUUGCAACAUGGCCUCUGUUGUCCUGCUAGUAUGUUUGAGAGAGCCAGGCCUUAAGGAAACCAAUAUCCACAAUACAUUAUAGCAGAGCUUUCCAAACCUUUCGGACGUGCAUCAUUUCGUGACAUAGUGAUUCAGUUUUCCUAGCAAACCGGAGGUCAAACUAACCCCUUUCCAGCCCUGGGAGGAGCGUGGGGAGUGUUUGCGCGACACACCUACACACUGCAGCAGACACACUGACGUGUCGCGACGCACAGUUUGAAAAGCUCUGGGUUAUAGUGAUUGGGGCAGUCGGGGUUGGCCAAGGCUUCCUGCAACCCUUUGGGUCCCUUCCGACUCUACAAUUCUGUGAUUCUCUUUGCAGCCCUGAUGGUUUGGUCCAGAUUCCUAACCUGCCUCUUUUUCCUCCUCUCCGAGCAGCGAGGGCAGCAUUAUAGCCUACUACUGGUCAGAGUUCAGUGUCCCUAAACACAAUGCGGAAGCGCUUGACAGGGCCAUGGCCAACAUCCAGGCUUCAAAUGAGGCGGGGAUGAAACAGAGGGGGAGCUAUGAAAUGCGAGUUGAGACGGUCGUCGCUUUCCGUAAGUCUCUCUUCUCUUCUCCUCAUCUCCUGUUCAGUCACCUCAGCCUUGAUUGUGAGAACCUGAGUGUUUCAUCCCAGAGGAAAUUUCAGAUGCCUAUUUGGCUUUGGAAAAUGAGAGCCAAACAUGUGUGGGGAAGACAUAGUGGCUGACUAGGGCUAGAUCUGCACUGCUAUCAAACAAACGCUCUGAAAACGAUCUGCUAAAAACCAUUGUAAAGCUCACAAUUGAAAAGGUCAUUUCAGCUCUAACCGCCAUCUGGUGUCACAGUGUUAUAACGCAUUUAUAACGCUGUAUUUUGACUAAUGUAGCUGAGUCCUUGGGCUGUUAUGGGCAGCUUGGUUGGGGACUCAGCCAUUCGGAAGGCCCAAUUCACCCAUGCCCUAGGUCCUAACUUUUUGCAGCUGCUGAGUGGUUAGGAACAGUUUGGAGAACUUUCCCUUUUAAAAGAUCGGUUCUCCAAACUUUUCCUAACCGCUCAGCAUCUGCAAAAAGGUUUAUUGGGCCUUCCGAUGGAUUUGGUCAAUAGCCAGGUGCAAAACGCCCGAGGUACUUGUGCAUUUCAGAGCUUUGUCAGGGAACUUUAAGAGGUUUCUUUUAUUUAGGGUAAGACACAAAGGCUUUUCUUUUGUUUAAAUGUUUCCAAAAUGUUGUUUUGUUUAAAGGCUACACUAUUAUAGGUGCCACAUAAUACCUGUUCCAUGUUUGUAAGAACUCAUUCUUUCUGUGUGGCGGCACUCGCACUUUGGAACUCCCUGCCUAUUGAUUCAAGCAGGCGCCUUUGCAGUCCUCUUUCUGGCGUCUGCUAAAAACAUUCUUCUUUAGACAAGCCUACCCACAUGUUAAGAAAGUUGAUGUGAGUUUUAAUCUGUUUUUAGUCUUAUUUUUAUUUUAAGUCACUUUUCUUAUUGAUAAUGUUAUUGUUUUAUCUUUUUCUGUAAACCCCUUUGAGGAGUUGUUGUUUUUUAACAUUCAAGCAGCGUAUACAUUUUAGGAAAUGAGUAAAUUUAAACAUUGCACCCUUAUAAUCAGGGGUUCCGGUGGGGGAGAGAGGCCUGGGGCUGGCAUAUUAAAGGUCCAGAAGACAUUUGAAUUUUCUCUUCAGAAUAAGGAAUGUAAAGAUUGCCUCCCCUACCCUCACUGCCCCCCCCACCCUGUGCUCCGAUUCUGAUGGUAAUAUCUCCCUGCUCCCUGCCAAAACCAUCCUAAUUAAAAAUGUUCCUGCAGCAAAACUUGCUAACCGAGGAACUAUAAGAAUGUUACUUCAUUCGUACUUCAGAAGUUUAUUUAUGGGUGUGCAGUACAGACUGCGGCGUCUGGUGGAUUUUUGGGGAGGGAAAUCCACGACAGUGAAAUGAAAUACAUCUUUUUGGCUGAGUCAUGAUGACUGAUCCACUUCUACGUUCUCACAAAGGAUCCUUGCAUUGGAGUCCAUCAAAGUAGGGGGAGAGAUGAGCCAACCUUUGUGUCUCCAGGGAAUGCAGACUGGCUGGGUUCCUCCUACAACGGGGCCUGCACAAUUAAUGUAUUUUUCUCUCUCUCUUUAAUUCCUAGCUUCUGAUCCAGAUAUCAUAAAGGCAAAACGGGACAGUAAGUACUGUGUUUGGUUUUGUAGCCAUACAAGACACAUUGGGUCGUCUGUACGAGGGGGCCUGUUCCUCCUCGUUUGGGAGAGAUAGGAGCGUCCAAGUCUGGGGAACAAGGCCCUGCAGAGUCCAAAUCAGUUUUGUGGCUGGGUUGGUUUCCUCAAGCGAAGCUUCCUAAGAUGAAUUUGCUUUGGAGACAGAAAAGCCGCUUCUUAAUGCCUUGUUUUUGACAUUUGGGGGUUUCAGAGGUGCAACAGAGCUGGACAGACUUCAGCCUUGCAUGACUGACUCUUACCUAUUCUUCCUUGCCCGCCCAACCUGGUUUAUUUAGCAAGCAAAAAUUGGGGAGUGGGGGAGUGGGGAGAACCAAAAGCAUGCCCCAAGCAUUGUGAAAAUGUCCUCCUCUUAACAUGAGGGGAAAGAGUUUAAAUUGCGUGCCAAAAAAAAUUAAAAAAUCAUGCAGGUUUUAGGAGUGUUUAUUUCCCCCUAUAAUAGCCAAGGAUAUUGGUGAACAUGGUGGGUUUUUUUUUAACCAUUUGGCCUCAACUUAGUAUCCUGCCCUGUUGAACUCUUUCUUGGGACUUUCUUUGAAAUGGACCACUGGUCCUUCAUUGCUUUUGCAUUCUCCCUAUUGAGACCCCCUCCUCCUCGUCCUCCCUCCCUCUCCCCCCACCUUUUCAGACAGCUGCAGCUAUGCCUUGCACGCGAAAGAGGGCGUGGUCACCAGCUUCACCACGCCCGGGUUCCCAAACAGCGCCUACCCGUCCAACGCGCGAUGCCUCUGGGUCCUGAGGGCCGACGCCGAUUCCGUCAUCAGCCUGACCUUCACGACGUUCGACUUGGAGCCCUGCAACGUGGGGAACGACUUUGUCAAGGUGUACGACACGCUGAGCCCCGUCGAAGCCCACGCGCUGGUGAAGUAAGUCGGCUGCCCUUCCCUGUUGAAUGAAUCCUCUGAAGUGCAGCAAGCGUACGCUGGAAGGAGACGGUGGGCUCAGUCUCUGCUCUUGUUUGCCUCUUUUAAGUUUCAAAGGCUCUUUGCGGUACAGAGACCAUAGCUCAGGAGCAGAGAAGGUACAAGGUUCAAAAGCAGAGUAGUACCAGUCUAGCACCAGCUUGGCUGCAGGAAAUGCCCGAAGGAAGGGUACAAGAUGCCAUCCAACCAUCUUAGAGACUCCAAUCUGGAGUUGUAUAGGGUUCGCUCCUUGGCCUUAUCUUCUGAAGGCAGCCCUGUUUAGGGAAGUUUUAAUGUUUGAUUUUUUUAUUGUGUUUUUAAUAUCCUGUUGGAAGCCGCCCAGAGUGGCUGGGGAGGCCCUGCCAGGUGGGCAGGGUAUAAGUCAAUCAAUCAAUCUUUAUUACGGUCCAGAGACCCAACAAAUUGUUACAAAGCAAUGCACAAUUCAGACAGCCUACCUCCAGGUUAAACAAGCAUUUUGUUCAGACUUAAAGAUAGGGAUCAUUGGUUCUUGCAACCACCGAUAAAAACUUUGCCACUGCUAAUGUUCUAGCGUUUGUCCGGUCUUCCAAUAGGAACCUGACUUAGUGAGGCUCUGAUUUUCCCAGGAAAGGUACCAGCAAGGUUAUGGUUAUUAUUAUUAUUAUUAUUAUUAUUAUUAUUAUUAUUAUAACUAUUAUUCUGAAGAUGUCCCGCAAGGCAGUGGAGGUUUAGGAUCAGAGUUUUCCUUUCUCCUAGCAAACAAAUUACAAUGCAAUGUGCCAAUGGCUCGAUUAAAAUCAGCUAACAUUAAAACAGUGGAGUUUUUGUUUUUUUACGCGGCAUCCUUCUAAUAUUUAAAAUGCAAAUGGUUGCAGUGCUGAAGAGCAGCUUUUUCCUGGUGCCCCCCAGAUCCAGUGUCAAGAGGUGGAGGGGCCAGUUGCAAGGGAUGGUACUGUGGUGGGCUUUGGAUUCAUUGGGAGCAACCGUAGCUCUCGUUGCUCGUCUCCCGAAUGAACUUUGUGGGUCUUAAGCCCACUUCCAAUAUGGCAGAAGAGGAGUGGCUGCAAAGAGUGGCUGUUGGGUGGUUGACUCUCUUUUCUCUUCCCCUCACCCACCACUUGGCCUUUUCCUCCCUCUCAGGCUGUGUGGCAGCUAUGGACCAUCCUACAACCUGACCUUUGUCUCCUCUACAAAUGUUCUCCUGGUCAUGCUGAUCACAGAUGCCACGGAGCGGUAUCCUGGGUUCAAGGCAGAGUUCUUCCAGAUGCCAAAGAAAAAAAGUAAGAGCCCUUGGCAGCCACUUCUUGUCUGUCUGUCGUCUGUCGUGUCUCUCUAUCCAUUCAUAACAUUGUAGAGUUGGAAGGAACCCUUAGGAGCCUCUAUUUCAGUGUUUCCCAAACUUGGAUCUCCAGCUGUUUUUGGACUACAACUCCCACCAUCCCUAGCUAGCAAGACCAGCGGUCAGGGUUGAUGGGAACUGUAGUCUAAAAACAGCCAGAGACCCAAGUUUGGGAAACACUGAUUAGUCCAACCCCCUGCAAUGCAGGAAUCCCUGCUAAAAAGCAAAGGCCACUUACAUUUACGAACAUAUAUAGUCUUUUUCUAACCCAAGGGCCACAUUCCCUUCUGGGAAACUUACCAAGGGCCGCAUGCUGUUGGUGGGAGGGUCUAGAGACAAAAGCAGGCAGAGCAAUGAAUGCGAAUUUUACCCUUGUGCAGUAGGCUAGUUUCUGGGCUCCCACAUCUCUCUGUCCUUGAGCAAGAGUCACGCUCUGAGGGCACAGUCCUGCCAGGUGAAAACUCCUGGUGUGUGCAGGGGCAGUGAGGGGUUUGACCUGGGGAAACUUCAGGGGCCGGAUGCAGAAGCCUGGAGGGGCCACAUUCUGCCCCCGGGGUCUGAGGCUCCCCACCCCUGAUUAUGGAAGAUUGACUUAUAGCAGAAGAGGAGAAGGUUGGGUUAAAAAGCAUCCACAGCCGAAAAUCAUCUUGUGGGUAAUCCAUCCUUUCGUAAGAGGGAAGAAGCUGGGGAAUAAUUUCCCCCCCCCUUUUUUUUGUCUUGGAACAACUGGGCAAUAAAUAGCAUCCCUCUUGCUGCUGCUCUAACCAUGCCUUCUAACAAGAGAUGCGCAUGGGGCUGAGUCAGAGGACAGAUGUGAACAGGUGAGGCGUAAUUGGUCUCCUGAGUCCAAUCCAGGCCUCAGAGUCCGCCUGGUACCUCCAGAGACCGGCUUACCCUCAUUAAGGAUGUUCUGCCCACGUCUCUCUUCCUGUCGGCUUGGCCUUGCAGCCUCAGAAGUAGGGCUCACUUCCUUUGUUUGCUUCCAUCCCGCUUAUUCUAGAUUGUGGCGCAGAUUUGACGGGGAUAUUCGGAACCUUCUCCUCUCCUUAUUACCCAGCCCACUAUCCUCCUGGUACAGAUUGUGUCUGGAAUAUAGUGGUAAGAGCAGCUCCUUUCUUACUUGGACCUCACUUAGUUUAACUGCUGCCUUUUCACAGCGAGCUGGGACCAAAGCAUCUUGCAACACGCAGAUCUGUGUGUGCGUAUGCGUGUGUUGGGGAAAGAAAGCAGUUUGCAUGCCGUAUCAAUAAAUUUUGAAAACCACCCGAAACAAUUUAGCAAACAGAAGAAGGCUGCAUUCCCAUGGGCAGCCCAUUCUAUUACCCCAACGUUUCGCUUACUGUUGAUUUCCAUGAUUUCCGCUAACCCAGAAAUAGUGCUUCAGGUUAAGAACUUUGCUUCAGGAUGAGAACAGAAUUUGUGCUCCGACAGCGCGGCAGCAGCAGGAGGCCCCAUUAGCUAAAGUGGUGCUUCAGGUUAAGAACAGUUUCAGGUUAAGUACGGACCUCUGGAACGAAUUAAGUACUUAACCCGAGGUACCACUGUAUAUUUGAGCUCCCAUAUGACGUAAAAGCCACUUCCGGAAAUACUGUGGAAUUCAGUGCCGUGUUAGCACUUGUUUCCGUAUUACUGGCUCCCAGUUUGCAAAGCAUGUGCUCAGGUUGGCUGCUGUGGGGAAACAAGGUUGCAGGAGUUUGUGCACCAUUGUCCUGGUCUGUCAGGCUGCUCUUAGGCUCUGGUUGCUCCCAAGAAAGAUACAAGGUGGUGGUUGUUCUUUUUAAUCUGAUGCUCUGUUACCAAAGUAGCUUGGGAGUAUGUUUCCGAGAACAAUUCAAAGUGUUGCUGCUGACUUUUAAAGCCCUAAACCAGGCCCUCCCGAUGUUUUGAGACUACAGUUCCCAUCAUCCCUCACCACUGGUCCUGCUAGCUAGGGAUCAUGGGAGUUGUAGGCCAAAAACAUCUGGAGGGCCGAGGUUGAGGAAGCCUGCCCUAAACGGCCUCAGCCCAUUAUACCUUAAGGAGCAUCUCCACCCCCAUUGUUCAGCCCGGACACUGAGGUCCAGCACCGAGGGCCUUCUGGCGGUUCCCUCACUGCGAGAAGUGAGGUUACAGGGAACCAGAUAAAGAGCCUUCUUGGUGGUGGCGCCUGCCCUGUGGAACGCCCUCCCAUCAGAUGUCAAGGAAAUAAACAACUACCUGACUUUUAGAAGACAUCUGAAGGCAGCCCUGUUUAGGGAAGUUUUUAAUGUUUGAUGCUUUAUUGUAUUUUAAAUAUUUUGUUGGAACUGCCCAGAGCGGCUGGGGAAACCCAGCCAGAUGGGCGGGGUAUAAAUACAUUAUUAUUACUACUAUUAUGAAGGAAACUAAAAACUAGCUUUGUAAGUGAUCACAGACGUGCAGAGUCGGAAGGGACCCAAAGGGUCAUGUAGUCAUGAUGCCACUGCCUCUUUCCUCAGCUGGAUCUAGACACAUUUUUUAAAAAGUUACAGGAAAAUGUGUUAUAUUAAAUUGAGGCUCAUACAACAAAAAAAUAAUAUUUAGAAUAUACUGGAGCCGAUUACAUUUCUUUAAACAAGGGCUAUCUAAGGUAUCCAACUGCUGGAGAUGCAAUAGCGACAAUGCCUCUCUAAAACACGUUUCUUCAUUGUCCUAUAUUGAAAGAUUUUUGGCAGAAGGUAAUUGAAACUCAACAGAACUGUACAGAACAACCUUAACUUUUACAGAGCAAAAUAUCCUUUUGAGUCAUAUCCCCCCUCCCUUCAGGGAACCUUACAAAAGGACAAUAUGAGUGGACUCUCCGUGCCCUUACCAUAGCAAAGAGACUAAUACUGAUGAAUUGGAAAAAUAAAAAUGCGGCUCCCUUCUACAAUUGGAUCGAAGACUUACAUAAACUCGCAACAUAUCAACAACUUGCAUAAUAGCGCAGACUUGCCAUGGACAAAUUCAACAAUAUUUGGAAUCCGUUCUUACAAAUACUGUAAUAGGUUAAGAUCUGGUGAAGUACAAUAACAACUUUGUAAAGUUAAAAUAGAAAGAAAAAAAUGCGUUCUAAAGCUGAUAAUGAAAAAUCCCAUAAGUGAUUUGGGCUGCUCUACAGCGCCCUCUGGUGUCACAUGUUUGUAAUGCAGUUACAAUGACAUAGUUGACUGGGUGCAGCUGAGUCCCUCAUCUCUUUUCCCACCACCCACAUCUUGUCCUCAGGUCCCCACGGAGAGGAGAGCGAAGGUGCGCUUCAACAACUUCUUCCUUGCCGAGCCUGGCAUCCCACUCAAUUCCUGCCCCAAAGACUAUGUGGAAGUCAACAACGUCAAGUAAGAGAGCUAAGUGCCAAAACUGGCUGUGAGAGAAGGGGUGAAACUAAAAUCUGGGACGUGGUCUGCCUGGCUAGGUUUACACAGAUGGUGAGAAAUAGAGAGGGCAGACAACAAGGCCAUGCCUUUCUGGAGAAACGGAGCCUUUAUAUAAUGUUUUGGCGUGGGGAAAAAACGUUCAGGAUAAUGUAAACCUGGUGGUAUUAAUUUAUCACAUUGGAUUUUGGUACGGAAAUUUGUUCCGAUGUGCUUAGGUCUAGUUUCUGCUUUUGUUUUAUCUGGCACCUGUUGUUAUACUUGGUUAUGUUAUAAAUAAGCACAAGUGUUUUGGGUUUUUUUAAAGUUAGAGCUAACUAUUGGAUCUGGGGACCCCCAACCCACUGAGGCUGUGAUUUCUUAGAAGGGGCUGCAAUGUGAAUGUUGGCAGGAAAGAGACCUGGCUUCCUGCCCAAAGGCAUCAGGGUCCCAUCCUGGGCCACGGCAGGGUCAAGGUCAGCGUGGCUCGGGGACACGGCUCCUCCACAUGGCCUCAGCAUCCCCUGGGAUGCUGUAGUGGCACCUCUCUCGCCAGCUGCUUCUGCUGGCAAGGGGGCUGUACCGGGUUUGCAGCCCUGAAUUGGAAAAUAUCUGCAGAGUACUGCAGCUCUGAAAUAAAUGGGCAUUAAAGACACCAGUUCCAAAAAGGACUCUUAUGAACUGAAAGCAGAGACGCUGUGUGUGCUUUUGUGACCCAAGAAAGUGUUUAAUAAAAGCAAUUGGAAAAGCAAAACGAAACAUAGUUUUAAAGAGGAAUGGCAAACACUGUAUUAAAACAGCUUAAAACAGCAAAUCGUUUAACAUAAAGAGCACUGCAUAGCUGUCAGGGAUGAUGGGAGUCAUAGUGAGAGUUGGCAAAGGCAUAUAUACAGAUAGGUUUUCAGAAAACCUGACUGUGGUGCUACCACUAAAAAGCUCCCGUCUGCUAUGCUCUCCAUUGAACCUCUAAUGGUGACAGGGUGGAGAGCAGAGCAUCUGAGGCUGAGCUCAAAGCACAGGCAGGCUCAGAUGGGACAAGGAGGUUCUGGAGAGAGCCUUAGGUUCUCACACUGUUCAGGGAAACCAGCUCCUUAGUGCAGCAAUUCAGUCACUGGGCAAGACUAGUCUUGUAUAUACUGUAUUGUGCAAUGGGCUUGCUCUCCUAUGGUGGGGAGGAAUGGGGAGACCCCUGUCCACCUCAGUGUCUGUGUUUGGAAUGAUGUUGUCUUAAAAAAAGGACCAUCUCUCCUCUCAUUGGCCUCCGUGUGAUCCCUUCAGGUACUGCGGCGAGAAGAAGCAAUUUGUGAUAUUGAGCAAAACCAACAAGAUUUCCGUCCGUUUCCAUUCGGAUCUUUCAUUGGUAGACAGUGGCUUUUCAGCAGAGUUCAUGUCCUAUCAAACCAACGACCGUAAGUGGGAAUGCUGUGAGGUUGGGGGUGAGGUGCUGGGAGUGGGGUGGGUGGGUCGGAUGUGGAGGGAGAGACUUAAAGCAUUUGGACCUUUUAAACGACGAAGGAGGGCAUGGAAGAGGGUCAUCGCAUGGUGCACUGCUUGGAGGAAGGAGAAAAGAAAUAUUAUUGACUGCAUUCCCUUUGCACGUUCAGAAGUAACUUCUGAGGUUCCUUUUCCGGCCUCUUGCAUCCAAGGGCGGCCUUAGCAGUUGCAAGGGGAAGAGACUUUUCCCAGGGGAAAGAGACUUCCCUUGUGGCAGACAGAAUACAUCCCGUUGAAAAAGGAGGCAGGGAAUUGGUAUUCUGGACUGUUAGCAAGACUUAACAUACCUCUCCUCUCUCCCCUCACCCCAAUUUCUGACUUGCAGCCUGUCCAGGCAAAUUCGCCUGCAACACUGGUCGCUGUAUCGCCAGGACCCUGCGCUGCGAUGGCUACAACGAUUGCACGGAUGCCAGCGAUGAGAAAAACUGCAGUGAGUCCUUCUCCUCUGCUCAGCAACCUUGAGUGAAUUUGGAAAUGUGGAUAUGGAACGGGGCUACGUAUGCUUUGUGCCUUGAUCUUGCAUUAUAGCGGAUUUGGUUUUUGCCACCAAGUGAAAGUGUGCAAAUUUGACUAUGCCUCAUACGGUUUGCAAAACCGUUCCAAAGAUGAGCUGUUGGGAGUGCCAAGAAAAAAUACGUUUCUGUAUAAAACUCCUGGAAAUCCCAAUUUCCACACCCCAAUGCACCUUCCGACCUAGGAGGUUUUGGCAGGCAAUGUCUUCUACAUCCUUUGAUGCGUAUGUUUGCCAUCAUAUGGUCUAGAAACUUGCUUUAAAAAAAACGCAAAUUAAAGCCAUGAUUCUCUGGGUGGUGAAAUCUGUGGCCAGCACCAAACUCAAUUGUUGUGGCGAAGGGUAGUUUCCAGACCUUUUGGCACAAAAGAUGAAUGGCAUCGCUUUGCUGAAGGGCAAGUCCUGAUCUGCCAGAGAAAGAGCAUAGAGAGAGCACUGCCUUUCAUCUAGGACCUGGGAGACCAGGGUUUGAAUCUCCACUCAGCCAUGAAGCUCACUGAGUGUGAUCUUGUGCCUGUCACUGCCUCUCAGCCCAACCUCCCUCACAAGUUCAUUGUGGGGAAUUAAAUGUAGGGAGGAACCAUGUACGCCACCUUGAGCUCCUUGGAGGAAAAGGUGGGAUAAAUAUGUGAUAAAUAACUUAAAAGGCUCCAGAAACGUGUGCCUGUUGAGGAAAAAACCCAAGAGGAUUGUCUCCAAUGCUGGUCCUGCUCAGAGGAGACCCACUGAAAGCAAUGGAUUAAAAAAAAAAUUCUUUUUAAAAGCAAGCUAUACAAAAUUCUGCAAAACAGGACCUGAGGACAAUCUACAUAGUCCAUAUACAAUUAUGGUUUAUUGUAAAAACAAAACAAAAAACCAGACAUAAAAUAACUAUUCAUGCUCAUUUAUUUCAAUGGGACUACUCAGAGUAGGACAAGCACUGGACCAGCACCAGUGUAUUUUUCCUGCUUUUUGCACGCUUCCCUUCAUGACUUGCAGAUUCCAGGUCAGGAUCGGUGCCUCUUUGUGGAACUCUACUUCAGCCAUCCCAUAUCUGACGCUCUGUGGGGCUCUGUUGCUCUGUAAAUCACCAGGUUGCGCUGCCUCUCUUAACUGCUUCUCUGUCUCCUUCCUCCCAGCUUGCACCGAGAAGCAGUUCAGAUGCCGGAACGGUUAUUGCAAGCCUAAAUUGUGGUUCUGCGACGGCAUGGACGACUGCGGGGACGGCAGCGAUGAGGCCGAGUGCAGUGAGUGUGGACUGGGAAAGGGGGUCUUGGUCAAAGUGAUGUGGGGCCGGGGGGGUGGGGCUGUCCCCUCCCGCUGCCUCUGCUGUGCCAGGGAUCUGUGUGGGUGCCUUUUUGCUUCUUUUUUUGCAAUUUUGACCUGUGGCUUCUCUUUCCGUUGGGCAGAAUGUCCGGCAAAUAACAUCCGGUGCAGCAACGGCAACUGCAUCCCGGAGAGCAAGAAAUGCGACGGCAAGGAUGACUGUGGCGACGGCAGCGACGAGGGGAGCUGUGGCCGUGGUACGACUCUUAGCACCAAGGGGAGCCGUAGGAAAUCAUUGGGUUGGGAGGGUCUGUUGCCCUGUCUGCCCUCUGCCAGCCCCCAGAUGCCUGCCUUCUCCCUUCUGGCCAGUCCAGGGUGCGAGUCCCUGCCUGUCAGUUUGCCCUUGUAGAACUCGGCAGGGAGGAGAAGGAGGGAGACAAAACUCAAAUUAGUUGGCCCUGCCCAUCAUCAGCUCUGGUGCCCCCCUACUGUUGGCUUCUUUGCCUUCCACUCUGCCAGUCUCAGGGGGCACCAGCAACCCCUGCUACGCCAAGGCCCUUAGAACGGGACUUGCAGUCAGUUGCUAGGGACGGCACCGCCAUGGGGUAAUGGUUGGAGUGUCAGGCUACGGCCUGGGAGGGAGCAGGGUUCAAAUCUCCCCCACUUGGCCAUGAAGCUCCCUGCGUGUGACCUUGGGCCAUUCAGCAUCUCUCAGCCUAACCUACCUCCCAGGAUUGUUGUGGGGAUACAACGGGAAGGGGGAAAGAACUGUGCACGCCACCUUGAGUCCCUCAGAGGAAAAGCUAGUAAAUAAAUGAAAGGAAAUAACCAGAAAACUGGGGGGGGAACUCCCUUUGUGCAUUUUGCAUAGUUCAGGUCUGGUUUUAGAAUCCAGGGGCAGAGCACAGCCUUCCUGCAAUUUGAGGAGGGGGUUUCAUUGGCAGCAGGGGAGACAGAUAGACGACCCGCCCCCACACACACCAGUGUCCCAGUAUUUGUUCUGGUUUUCUGAAACUCAGUGCCUUAGCCGUGUUAGGGGGCAGCACUUACCCUUGGAACUCCCUGCCUAUUGAUAUCAAGCAGGUGCCUUCACUGUGCUUUCUAGUGCUUGCUAAAAAAUAUUCUUGUUUAAACAAGCCUACCCAGAUAUGCUUAUAAAGUUGGCAUAAUCUGUUUCAGCAUUUCAAUGUUUGUAUGUUUCAAACUAGGGCUGUAAAUUUUUCUAUCCUUUUUUUUUUUUGGUAAAUCGCUUUGAGGGUGCUUAAAAACAAAAAAGUCGAGCAUUGUAUAAUUUUUGUGAAACUAAUAACAAUAGAGACAUGCAUAGCAGCAAAGAGCCUUUCCCCACGAGGAUGAUGGUUUCCAGGGGCAGGAUGUGCAGAGGUCCUGGAAUCCCUCUCUGCUCUGCUCUGAAUUUCCCCAGUAGUGAGAUUCUUACUGGAAGCAAGCAAGAUCUUCUAUGGACUUGGAUUUCUCUGUGCUAAAUGUUUCCUGGUCCUGAGCCUCCUUGCCUGUUGUUUGCUUGCAGUGGACACCGUCUCCUGCAAAACGUACACCUACAAGUGCCGCAACAACCAGUGCUUGAGCAAGAAGAACCCGGAAUGCGAUGGGAAUAAGGACUGCAGUGAUAACUCGGACGAGGACAAUUGCAGUGAGUUAUGGUUCUAGCUGUCCCCUUUUGGGAAGCCGAUGACCUGAGAUGCACUCUUGCACGUCUAGUAGAGGGUCAGCAGCCCAAGAGCACUUGACCGCAAUGUCACUCACGUCACAAACGUAAAAGAGAUCAAGAACAAUAAUUUUACUAUUUAUACCCCGCCCAUCUGGCUGGGUUUCCCCAGCCACUCUGGGCGACUCCCAACAGAAUAUUAAAAACACGAUAAAACUUCAAACAUUAAAAACUUCCCUAAACAGGGCUGCUUUCAGAUGUCUUCUAAAAGUCAGGUAGUUGUUUAUUUCCUUGACAUCAGAUAGGAGGGCGUUCCACUACCGAGAAGGCCCUCUGCCUGGUUCCCUGUAACCUCACUUCUUGCAAUGAGGGAACUGCCAGAAGGCCCUUGGAGCUGGACCUCAGUGUCCGGGCUGAAUGUUGGGGGUGGAGACGCUCCUUCAGGAGCAACAAUAGGCUGCCUUCUAGGGUUGUUGUAACAAUAUGAUAAUGCAUGUGAAACCUUUUCAAGGGUUCAAGCAGUAUAUAAAUGCUAGGCGUUCCUACUGCAAGCCUCUUUUGCCUGUUUUGCAAAUGCAUGCAAUGACACCCCUCUUUAGCUGCCAGUUAAUUUUGCAGAAGCAUUUGGAGGCAGGGCUGGGAAACCUGUGGCCUUCUGAAUAUUGCUGGGUUACAGCUCCCAACCAGUGUGGCCGAUGAGCAGGGAUGCUGGGAGUUUUAGUUCAGCAGCACCAGGAAGGGGCCAAGGACUCCCUGCCCCUUCUUCAAGGAUCUAGAAGGAGGAGUGAUAUGUGAUGUUGCUUGGGGAUCGCAGGAGGGCAAAUUUACUCAUGCGUUGGUGUUCUGACUCUUGCUCCUUCCAGACUGCGGCAAGCGCUUCUACAGCAAGCAGUCCCGGAUUGUCGGUGGGGAGGACUCCGACGAGGGCGAGUGGCCAUGGCAGGUCAGCUUCCACACCAAGGACACCGGUCACUUCUGCGGGGCCACCUUGAUAUCUCAGAAUUGGGUGGUGUCUGCAGCGCAUUGCUUCCAGGAUGACUGGAGGAGGUGGGUAGAGAUCUAGGAUUUCUCCAGUAAUGGACUGGCUUAUGUUCUGCAUAUACGCUUGAACCUAGGCGUGAGGCUUCUGGGUUCAUUGCGCAGUGUGCUGGGAGUUCAUUGAGUCCAGUGGAGCAUGGGAUGGUGGCGUUUGAAGGUUUUGUCUCUGUUCAGACCUGAUUUCGCAUAAACCAGAACAGGAGCUGUCUUGCGCCCAAGAUCGGGGGGGGGGGGGGAGCGUGCAUUGAGGCACAUGUGCUGUGAUGAGUGUGACACGACGUCAUGCGCCUGGUGCGUGUUGCGCAUGUGUGAUGUCAUGCACAUUUUGCUCUCCUCAUGCUGGGAGGAAGUGGAGCAUGGAGCUCAGCGCAGCUUCCUCUCUUGCGCUCGGAAGGAACCAGCCACUGAAGCACACUGCCCCACAUCCUCUGCCCCUUCAGCAUCAAGGGGGCCCAGCCUCCUGCAAGCACAUACUGAGGGGGCUGAGGACACAUGCCCAUAGGAACUGGCACGCCUGAACCAGAACAAACUGUGACGCAGGAGAUUGUCUGGUUCCAGUUUCUCCUCCAUUGUGGGCUUUGCAAAUAAUUUUGGGAAGCUACCAUUCUCUUAAGACAAAGCUUCUUCUGCAAUGCAUCACUGGUGCAUCUUAUGCAGGGCUUUGGUUCAAAGGGUUCAGCGUAGACAUGAAAAUCAUGUAUACCCAAAUAAUGGGUAUGGGGGGGGGGGAGAGAGUCCCUGUGCCGAGGGGACCUCGUCCAGCAAGCAAGGCGAAGAGCUUCUAAGCUCUUUUCGCGCUUGGCAACCCAAGCAGACCCAGCAUAGACAGAGCUUCUAAGCUCUCCACCUUCCUUGGAUCUAACUUCUGCGACUUCAACCAGCCUUGUAUAGUUGAAGUCACACAAGUUAAUGACAUGCAAGAUGAGAUUGUGCUUUUCCAGACUGACUAUACUUUUUACCAUUGGCAUUGCAGGAAUUACCAAAAGGCCGUAGGUGAGGUGCUAGGCUAUGGGUAGGCAAACUAAGACCGGGAGCUGGAUCUGGCCCAAUCACCUUCUAAAUCCGGCCCACGCGUGUUUUUACAUGAGUAGAAUGUGUGCUUUUAUUUAAAAUGCAUCUCUGGGUUAUUUGUCGGGCAGAGGAAUUCGUUCAUUUUUUCCCCUUCACAGUAUAAUCUGACCCCCCACAAGGUUUGUGGGACAGUGGACCGGCUCCCUGCUGAAAAAGUUUGCUGACCCCUAUGCUAGGGAUACUUUAGAUGGGUUUUAGUGCUGCUUGCCAACCUUUUUGGGCCAGUGGGCACAUUGGGGGGGGGCAUGGGCAGCGGUCCAAAAAUGACUUUCCUUGGGUGCCGCAGGGUCAUGGCAUAAUGGUUACCCCCUCUAAAAGAACAGAGCAUCCUCUGAUCUUCUUACCUGCCAAUUCCUCGCAGGCAUUUGGACCACAGGACGAUAACAGCCUACAUGGGGCUUCUUGACCAGGGGGACAGGAGCAACAGCAAGGUUCAGCAGCGGGGCCUGAAGAGGGUCAUCCGCCACCCGUACUUCAAUGACGCCAGCUACGACAACGACAUUGCUGUGGCAGAGCUGUCCAGCCCAGUCGAGUUCAACAAAUACAUCCAGCCUAUCUGCCUGCCUGAUGUCACCCAUGACUUCCCCGUUGGCAAAUCCCUCUGGGUGACGGGAUGGGGAGCCACUCAAGAAUCAGGUGAGUUGGGUGGGGAUGUGGAGGGGGCGUUGCAGGCCUUUGGUCUAGACGACUCUUGGUGCCCUACAGUUCUGUGAUUCCAACUCAGAGGCAGUGACGGGAGUAAAACAAGGGCAGAUCUGCAAUUUGGUGGAAGGAGGCAACAUUUAAAAUAUAUAUCACAAAGAUAAAAUGAGAGUCAUCUCUGAAUCCACCACAGGACUUUAUCAAGAGUGUAUACGCUAAAAUCAUGACAAUCUGUUGUCUGUCUGUCCUAAUUGUUCUUUUUCUUUUUUAUUUCUUAUGUAAGUUGUCUUGCAAUAAAAAGUUUUAUAUGUAAAAAAGGAUAAUCUUAACAAGCACAAAACGAUAACCUGUGUCUCUUGGACUGUUGUCCACUAAUGAAAAUAUAUACAGUGGUACCUCGGGUUAAGUACUUAAUUCGUUCCGAAGGUCAGUUCUUAACCUGAAACUGUUCUUAACCUGAAGCACCACUUUAGCUGAUAGGGCCUCCUGCUGCCGCCACCCCACUGGAGCCCGAUUUCUGUUCUUAACCUGAAGCACUAUUUCUGGGUUAGCGGAGUCUGUAACCUGAAGCGUUAUGUAUCCCAAGGUACCACUGUAUUGUGUCAGCAGCAGUACUGGUCUUGCAGGGUUUAUGUAAAGACAGGAGGAAAGAAGAACAAAAUGUUAAUUAAAAUAUGUGUUUUGUGCACGCCAAACUAUGCUGUGGAUCAGAGUUCCCCAAAAACUUGGGUCCGCAGCUGUUUUCGGACUACAGUUCCCAUCAUCUCUGACCACUGGUCUUUGCUAGCUAGGGAUGAUGGGAGUUGUAGUCCAAAAACAGCUGGAGACCCAAGUUUGGGAGACCCUGCUGGAGACCAUAGGCACCAUUUCGCCGUAUGCCUCAUUGUUUGUAUAAUCUUAUAAAGUUGCGCCGGACGACAUAAAAGUUAUCGUAGGCAACAUUUUGCAUUAAAGGGAGCAGCAGCUUCUGAGUUAUUCUACCCUGAUGCAACUAGAGGACAGGAACCAAUGGCAUCUCUUAAGGCGUUUAAGAGUUUUUGUGGGGGUUGUGCAUCUGGGUGACUUGUAAUUGGAGAAUCCAUUCCACGCUUAGCAGGGCUGGUUUUUAUUUAUUUAUUUAAUGCUUAAAAGAGCACCCUGGAUAAACUAUAUCCCUACUCCCAUUAAACUCCUCUGUGGUCCUCUGCAGGAAACGGUGCCAGCAUCUUGCAGAAGCUCGAAAUCCGUGUGAUCAACCAGACCGUGUGCAGGUCCCUGAUGGUGCCCAACGACGUGACGGACCGCAUGAUGUGUGUCGGGGUUCUCACAGGCGGGAAAGAUGCCUGUCAGGUAGGAAUUGUCUGCAGGGAGAGAGGGGGGCCAUGGCUGUGGAGAGCUCAGAAUACAGCCCGGCCGACUUCUUACUUACUUCAUUAACUAAUUGAGGGGGGUUGCAGUGAAAAAGUCUCAAGGCGACUCGACGAAACAAAAUGCAGCACAGGAAGGUCGUAUAAAACCAGAAAAGCUUAAAAACAGGGGCAACACAAAACAAGCAGUGUGCUGCACCAGCAACUUAUUAGCUAGCCAGUGUAGUGUAGUGGUUCAUACGAUAGACUCGUAAUCUGGUGAACUGGGUUCGCGUCUCUGCUCCUCCACAUGCAGCUGCUGGGUGACUUUGGGCUAGUCAUGCUUUUUUGAAGUCUCUCAGCCCCACUCAACUCACAGAGUGUUUGUUGUGGGGGAGGAAGGGAAAGGAGAAUGUUAGCUGCUUUGAGACUCCUUAGGGUAGUGAUAUCAAAUCCAAAUCCGAACUCUUCUUAAUAAGAAGAACUGCACUAUGAUAUCAGUGCAUCUACUCUUGAGUAGAACUUGGUUGUCUGCAGCGCACAGGCUCUGCUGUUCGCGGUGACGCUCCGGCAUCAUUGCCUCGCCUUGCAAUCCCAGCUUCUUCCCUUGGAGGUGUCCGAACCCAACUGAAGGGCACAGGAACCCCACCAGAACCACAGUGCACCAGGGAGGCCAUUUGGUGCAAAUGCUGGUCUCUCCUGAGAAUGAAACGGUUCCUUAGACUGGUGGACAAAGGGUCACGAAAACAGGUCCCCUUUCUGAGCAUGUGUGUUCUUGUCUCUUUGCAGGGAGACUCCGGUGGGCCACUGGUCAGCUUGGAGGCCAACAACACAUUGUUCCUGGCUGGCGUGGUCAGCUGGGGGGAAGGCUGUGCCCAGAGGAACAAGCCGGGAAUGUACACUCGUGUUUCGGCGCUGCGGGCCUGGAUCAAAGAGCAAACCGGCGUGUAGGCGGCUGCGGCGACUGGGACGGUUCAUACGACUCUCCCUUUUUCUGUCUCUGGGUCUAUCAAGCUUGCAGCUGAAAACAUUCCCCUGUGAUAGGAAGGGGGUUCUGCAAAUCUUGUUCGCUCCUUUAAUUCCUUCUCGGUUUUCCCCCCAAAAAUGAAACCAGUGACACUCCUGGAUUCAUUGUAUGCGGCCGAUUGGAUGGGCAGUUGCCCCUUUGAGAGCGCCCCUCUGCUGCUCAUGUUCUCUGUCUCCAGAGACUUUCUGAAAUAAGUUCAAUGUGAACCUGCUUUAAAUCUGCAAGGGAGCUGGUACCUCCUGUGCAGGCCGCCUGAGGCAGGGGCCCGGUAGGUGCGGUACCCCUAAAUGACCACUAGUUGGCAGCAUGAGGGCCAAGUAGCCUUAAGUGAACACCAAGUGGCCACUUUUGUGUGUGUGUGUGAGAGAGAGAGAGAGAGAGAGGAUCAAAUGACACAUUGUUCUGUGUUUUUAGGACUCACCUGGUCUGCUGUAGCAUGUGUGACGUCUUCUAUUUUCUCUUCUCCCCCCCCCCCUUCCAAAAAACCCCCCAGGAUUCCCCCUGUGAAUAGGAUAGUUCCCAGAACGUUGUUUGUUUUUCAAAGCAGCUCAUAGAUUGGAGAGGUUGCCUGUCUUCUGUGCUCUUUUCCCAGACUGCAAACACACAGAGAUAUUAAUAUUGCAGGCAGGCGUCUUUAUCCAUCACCCCCUGCCAGAUAAGACGUUUGCUAACAUGGGUUGAUGGAAAUACCUUGGCUAAUAGGAUCAAAUCUGCUAUUUCAUCUUGGUAUUGUGUCACCUCCCCCGAAAAGGUGUGCUUGAUAUUACUGCAUUAAAUGCAGAGUUAACUGAAAAGUUCUGCAGUUAUAAAGGUAACCGAGUUAUAAACGGGUGCUCUUGCCUCCAUCCAGUCCUUUCCCAUCUGCCAAGUUUUAAUUUCCUUGUUGCAGCAGCAGGCUGCCUUCAGCCCCUGAAGCUCCAUCACAGGUCCCAUAAAAUGUGUUUAGGGGGUUAGGAUUAGGGUUAGGGUAUCCAGCAUCUGCCCCAUUAAACUUUGCCUACCUGGGGCACACCUUAGACUUCAUUCCCCGCCUCCCUUCCUUGAGCUCAUUGUGUCUCUUUCCUCACCUGGGAUAAUGGCUCUGGCUGCAGAUGUCUCUGCCCAUGGGCUAGUUAAAAGGUGUCUCUCUUCGGGUCAGUACUAUAUUUUCCCAACAUCAUGCAAUACUGUUGCUUCUCCUUGCAAGUUUAUGUAACUGACACCGCCUUGACUUCUACCUUGUCUAAACCUGCACUGAUGAAUUUGACGCGGAAAGCCUAAAACGAAAGAUGAGGCUGUUGGGCUCCUACAGAAGACCUGUUGGAACAUCUGCGGCCUGUGCACACCUAAGCGGCUUCAGGAUUUCACUCUCUUGGGCAGCGAUAGCUCCGAAAAUAUCAUAAGGGGAAUCCUCACUUGCAAAGCAGUUGCUUUUGCAACUGAGGGUACAGGUGUUGAGAGCGAAUAGAAAGGAGUCUCAGACCUCAAUAUUGCAGAUAUUGGCUUUUUUAAGAACCGAGGGGCAUUGUAGCUAAGUCUGUGUCUCAGAAUCCUGUAUCUCCCUUUGAGCAAGGAGGAUUCUAAACUAGGUGACUGCUGGGAAGAACAAAACGACAUGCAGCAACUUCCAGGUGUCCUGAUCCUGCACUGCUGGAUCCCAAGAAUGGCCUUCUGGGACUUGUAGUCUCCCUCCACUGGGUUAUUCUCAAGGAUCCAGCUGGUGUAAUACACUCAGACACUAUAGCUGUGGCCUUCCAGAUGUUGUUGAAGGACUCCAACUCAGCCCCAGCAGGGCCAGUGGUCAGGGAUGAUGGGAGUUGAGUCCAUCAGCACCCCAGAGAGACAUCCCUUCUCCACCUCUGUCUUAGGAGAACAUUCUGGGUCUGGGUUUUGUGAAGGGUUGUGGGGGGGGGAAUACUUUUCAGUUAACCCCCCCCCCCGCUCUGUUUUCCUUUUAAACUAGGGUAGAUGUCGGUAGAGCCAUAGAGUGUGUGCGAAAGUGAGAGAGAGAACCCAUUUGUAUGUGUGCAUGAAUGAGAUUUUUCUGGCCCGUUACGGGUCAGAUUGGCAUUGCCAAUAUGUGCCUUAACUGUAUAUCCUUGUUUAAUGUAUGGAUCUCAGCAUGUGAUGCUGAAGUUUUGUUUCUGUUUUCGGUGUCAGUGGUGGGUGACUAUAGGGGGUCCCUUUUUCUGUCUGGGGUGCUGUAUAGGAAUGCAGAGGACACCUUUUAACACGGUGGAACCCCUGAUUGUGUAGCGACAGUACGGAGCAAAGGAUGCUGGUGAGCAUAUUGGGGGGACGGGCCAUGUGCCCUGCACAUUUAAAGCAGCGUCUUUCCACUUUGAACAUUCAUGGCUCCCCGCAAAGAAUUCUGGGAGCUGUAGUUUGUUAAGGGGGCAGUGAGCUGUUUGGAGACCCCCUGUUCUCCCUCCAGAACUACAUCCCUUGGGGAUAACAGCUCCACCCCCUGAACAAAUGGCAGUUCCCGGUUUUUAUGGGGAAGAAGCCAUGACUAUUUAAAGUGGUACAUAGUUCCUUGAAUGUAUGGGGUGGGUGGGGCCUUGGGUAAUAAGCACACCAAAGUAGAGAUACAUAAGGGGAGGGGACUAUGGAGGAUGCUAUAGGGAGAGACCCUCUUUCUCUAGACUCCCUAGGCAGAUUUCCUGUUUUUUGUGCCUAAUUGUGUUUUUGUUUUGUUUUUAGAACGAUAAAAUGUUUUCUUUAUGAACCUCUGCUACACUUGCUCCAGAUAUCUGCUAUUUCCCCCGUUGUUGGUCUAGUUUAUAGAUGUGAAAAAAAUAAGCAGGGAAGAAAAAUGGAGUAGUUUUCUAAAACAGGAAAAGUGUCUAUUUGCAUUUUCAAAAGGGUAUUUAAUAAUCUAGGAAAUGCGCCGGUGAUUUCCAUUUUUGCAAAAUGAACCCACAAGAAGGGACAGAUAAGGGGACCCCCCCCCUUAAUAAUUUAUCUUUUUUAUUUUUUUUAAAGAAAAUGUUGCAAAAUUAUUUUUAAAUGAGUUGACUUUCAACUUUCUGUUGUUUAUGUAUAUAUUGUACCUUUUAAAAAGAAAAUAACACUGUAAAUACAUCUAAAUGGAAACCGUGACACCCAUUUUUGCUGUUGAAGGUCUGAAUUGAGAUUGUUAUGUCUGGUGAUUUUUAAUCUGCAUUAAAACCGUUUUUUUUUGUACAGAA